CUAAUCUCACAGCAGUCAUAUGCGUCCGAUGCACUAAAUGAUGCUAGAUUUAUCACCCAUUCUCCCUGCUCUCUCCCCAAGGACGUGCUAUUGGAGAUAUUUUAUCAUUGUGUCAAUGAAGUUGUGGAGGCAUUACAUGGGGGACAAACUCGUUGUGUUUUGCAUCAUGAUGUUGCACCAUUGUCAUUAUCUCAAGUAUGCCAACGCUGGCGACGUGUAACCAUUCAAGCGCCUCUUUUAUGGCGUUGUGUAUCUGUUAACUUG